UUCAUCCUCUCAUCUGUCAUCUGUUGUUGUCACCUGCGCGACUGACGACUUGGUUUUCUGUAGCGCUCUCUCUCUCUUUCUCUCUCACUUAUUAUGGUGGUCAUUGGUCAAGCCAUUGCUGCCUGGUGAGAGAAACGCAAGAAAUAGAGAGAGCAGGGGGCGAGAUUCACUGGUAUAAGAGGAGAGAGAGAGGGGGAGAGACAGAGUUUGAUUUAGCUGAAGAAAAAAGAAGAGAAAAGGGGUUGAUUCAGAGAGAGAGGUAGAGAGGGAUGGCAGAGAAUGGGGAACAGGAGGAGGCUCUGGGUUCGAGUCUGACCAUGGAGAAGGUGGCGGCAGCGAAGCAGUUUAUCGAGAACCAUUACAGGGCCCAGAUGAAGAAUAUUCAGGAACGCAAGGAAAGGCGGUGGGUUCUGGAGAGAAAGUUAGCUUCUUCAGAUGUGUCUGAGGAAGAGCAGAUCAAUCUUAUCAAGGAUUUGGAAAGAAAGGAAACUGAAUAUAUGCGUCUUAAACGGCAUAAGAUAUGUGUGGAUGAUUUUGAGCUAUUGACAAUCAUUGGUAGAGGUGCUUUUGGCGAGGUCAGACUUUGCCGAGAGAAGUCCACUGGAAAUAUAUUUGCCAUGAAAAAAUUGAAGAAAUCUGAGAUGCUUAGCAGAGGACAGGUGGAGCACGUUAGAGCAGAAAGAAAUUUGCUCGCUGAAGUUGCUAGCCACUACAUUGUGAAGCUUUACUAUUCCUUUCAAGAUGCUGAGUACUUGUAUUUAAUUAUGGAGUAUCUCCCUGGGGGUGACAUGAUGACUCUUCUGAUAAGAGAAGACACCUUAACUGAAAAUGUGGCAAGGUUUUACAUCGCUCAGAGUGUGUUGGCCAUAGAGUCCAUACAUAAACACAGCUACAUCCACAGAGAUAUCAAACCUGACAACCUUCUUUUGGACAAAAAUGGUCACAUGAAGCUCUCUGACUUUGGUCUUUGCAAACCGCUAGACUGUACAACUUUGUCUGCACUUAAUGAAAACGAACCUCUAAGUGAUGAGAACUUAAGGGAAUCAAUGGACAUUGAUGGUUCCUUCCCAGAUAGGAACAACGGGAUCCCGUGGAGAAGUCCUCGUGAGCAGCUUCAGCAUUGGCAGAUGAACAGGAGAAAGCUGGCAUUCUCGACUGUGGGCACACCAGACUACAUUGCCCCAGAAGUUUUACUCAAGAAAGGCUAUGGCAUGGAGUGUGACUGGUGGUCAUUGGGAGCUAUUAUGUAUGAGAUGCUUGUAGGUUAUCCGCCAUUUUAUUCAGACGACCCGAUGACGACGUGCAAAAAGAUUGUUCACUGGAGGCAUUACUUAAAAUUUCCAGAAGAGGCAAGGUUGUCACCAGAGGCAAAAGAUCUUAUCUGUAGGUUGCUAUGUGAUGUUGACCAUAGGCUUGGUUCUGGAGAUGAGAUAAAAGCACAUCCUUGGUUCAUAGGAGUUGUAUGGGACAAACUCUAUGAAAUGGAGGCAGCAUUUAAGCCAGAGGUUAAUGGGGAGCUUGAUACUCAGAAUUUUCUGAAAUUUGAUGAGUUGGAUCCUCCCCCGAGAACUGGAUCUGGACCAUGGAGGAAGACGCUGUUGACUCCCAAAGAUUUAAAUUUCGUUGGGUAUACGUACAAGAACUUUGAUGCUGUCAAAGGGCUACAUCCAACUGUAGAUGUAAGGAGGAGUGCAUCACCUAAGCGGCCAUUGAUCAGUUCACUCUUUGGUGAAUCAACUACAAAUGAAUCAGGGAAGUCAGUUAUGGAUGAGUCAGGAACACAUAAUGUUGCCACUUUUGAUGCUAUGUCUCCAUGAACUUCUCCACCCUCUUGUGUAUGUAAAGCAUGAGCCAAGAACAACACUCCAUAUCUCUAAUAUGGUGAUGGGAUCACCUGCUCGUUUUUUGGUCAGGGUUGAACCCACACCUCUAUUUUUGCUAAGCUUUCUCUGUCUGUGCGUUUUAUAGAACCGCCUAAUGUACAGUAUCGAGGUCUCAGCAACAACCGUUGGAUGGUUUUCCCCAGGAUGUUUUUAAGGCACUUGCCUUUAGAGAAGGUAGUCUCUCUCUUUGGAGGAGGCAGGUUGCGAUAAUUUAUCCUGGCUGCCCAGGUCGGUAGGGGCAAAACUCACCUUCUCUUGUGGCAGUUUCUGGAAUUGUUGUGCUUUCCUAUAAUAAAGCUACAGCUGAGUUUGACCUGUAAGAACAUUAGAAGCUGCUAUAUAGUAUGGCUAAAGCCAUCUGGUAGCAAAUUAUCCAAUUCUGUUGCUUAGAUGUGAGCAUGUGUAAACUCUUGUGUGCCUUUUUCGUGUAUAUUAAAUGAAGUGUCAAUCAUAACUAACUGCAUUAUCAAGUAAAUUUGGGUGUACCUUACAAA